AAUGAACCGAUAGACGACUUCUAAAUUAUCUACCCAUACCUACAUUCAUUCUUCCUAUAUUUCGUCUCCCUCACAUACACGUCUACCUAUAAACUACGUCUAUCCCACGUCCAAAUUCCACCAUCGUCGACCCUCCUUCUCCUCCUACACACACGACAGAACCCCAACUUCAUCAACCCCCGCCAAAAAAAACCACACCUCCUCCUCCUCCCAACGACAAGCACGAUGCGCAACCCGAAAAAAGACCUCAACGCGCGCGACGCCCCCUACGCAACCCUCAUCCCCGAAGACCCAGAAGACAUGUGGCACUGCUACAACCUCAUCCAACCGUCCGACUUGCUCCGCGCAUCCGCCAUCCGCAAAGUCAACCUCUCAGCCGGCAACAGCAACGACGACAACAACGGCAGCAGCCGCAACAAGCGCGUCCACAUCACACUCACGAUCCGCGUGCGCAGCAUCGACUUUGACCCCGCGGCCGCACAGCUGCACGUCAACGGCCAAGUCGUCGAGGAGAACGAGCACGUGCCGCUGGGCAGCCACCACACGCUCGACCUGGAGCUGCAGCGCGCGUUCACGCUCAGCAAGCCGGGUGGUGGCGGCUGGGACAGUGUCGCGCGGCAGAUUCUGGCGGAGAGCACGGAGAGUGCGCACAAGGCUGUGGUGUGGGCUGUUGUGAUGCAGGAGGGCAAGGCGCAGAUUUGUCAUAUUACUGAGCAUCAGACGGUGGUGAAGGCGAGUGUGGAGGUUAGUGUGCCGCGGAAGCGGGUGGGUGGGGCUGCUGGGGAGAGUGAGAAGGGGAUGGAGCGGUUCUUUGAGAUGUUGCUGGGUACGUUGCUGCGGUAUAUUGAUCUGUCUGUGUCGGCGGCGGGGACGCCGUUGCUGCUUGCUAGUCCCGGGUUCGUGGCGAGUUCGUUUCAGGGGUAUAUGAAGAAGCAGGCGGUGCGGACGGGGAAUAGGCCGUUGCUGCAGCUGCUGCAGAAGAAUGUGAUUGUGACGUAUGCGAGCAGUGGGCAUCUGCAUGCGCUGAACGAGGUUCUUGCUAGUCCGGCGAUCAAGACGAGGCUUGCGGAUACAAAGUUUGCUCGGGAGACGGGGCUGAUGGAUAAGUUCUUCACUAUGCUGCGGCUGGAUGACGGACGGGCGUGGUAUGGGCCCAGGGAGAUUGAAAGGGCUGUGGAUCAAGGCGCGGUGGGAAGCGGUGGUGGUAUCUUACUGAUUAACGACACCCUUUUCCGGGCGAAUAACGUUGCUGAGAGGAAGAGAUGGGUCUCCUUGGUAGAUCGGGUAGCAAGUGGAGGCGGUGAGGUGCGGAAACUGAGCAGCAUGCACGAGAGCGGGAAGAGGCUGGAGAGUCUAGGGAACAUUGCCGCGAUACUGACGUACCCGUUGGAAGACCUCGAUGAAGAGGAAGAAGAAGAAGAAGGAGAAGAUCAGGCUGCAAACGAUGCAAUAGAUACCCAACAGUUAUGAGGACUGUCUUAGACCAAAGCUACAAUAGAAAGACCUGUGCAGUCGAAACCGAUCAUCUGAGUAGAUUGCGGACGUCUAU